AUGCCGACCUCCUCCACGCAACUGCUAGCCCUUGACUCCAUCAACUCCACCCAGCAACCUAACAUCAGCAUCUACUUGUUCUCCAAGUUCAUCCACGAAGACAAAGAACUGUCCACAGAAUUUUACAACCUGUGGAUUGUCCUGAUGGUAGUCAAUGCCAUCAUUUUCCUCGUGGGUGUUGUGCUGAACAGCUUGGCACUGUACGUCUUCUGCUUCCGUACCAAGACAAAAACCACCUCUGUUAUUUACACCAUAAACUUGAUUGUUACUGAUCUCUUGGUAGGCUUUUCCUUGCCUGUCCGGAUCAUCAUGUUCUACAGUGCAGGGGGCUGCCAGCAUUGCUCCUUGAUUCACAUCUUCGGCUACUUUGUCAACAUGUACUGCAGCAUCCUCUUCCUGACGUGCAUCUGCGUUGACCGAUACCUGGCCAUCGUACAGGUGGAGGCCUCACGGAAAUGGAGGAACCCCACCUGUGCCAAGGGAAUCUGCGUCUUCAUCUGGAUCUUUGCCACAGUGGUGACUUUCUCCAUCCUGACCAUGGCAAUAAAGUUUGCUGAGUGCUGCCUCUCCAAGAUUCUGGUCCUGAUGGUCUGCGAGUACUUCUUCCCCCUCAUCAUAAUCAUCUUCUUCACCACAAGGAUUAUGUGUGCCCUGUCCAAGCCCAGCCUCAUGCACCAGAGCCGGGAGAGGAGGAUGAGGGCUGUGCAGCUCCUGAUCACCGUCCUCAUCAUCUUCAUGAUCUGCUUCACUCCUUUCCACGUGCGGCAGGUCGCAAUCUCCAUCAACCCAGACAUGCCCCAUAACGUCAGCAUCCUCGUCUACCAUGUGACAGUGACCCUGAGUAGCCUCAACAGCUGCAUGGACCCCAUUGUCUACUGCUUUGUCACCAACAACUUCCAGUCAACCAUGAAAAAUAUAUUCAGGAAAGCUGAGCCAGAGCAAACCAACGUGGACAUCCUGGGCAUGAACAAGAGCUCCAAGGGCUCCAAUGCAAUCAUCGCCUUCUCAAACACAAUAGGGAGCCCUGUGAGCUUGCCAUCACCAAGUGCUGUCCAGAUAUAAACAACAUCUGGUGGGACAUGCUGCAGUAAGCCAGUGCCAUGGUGCUGGAAUAUUACUAGG